AUGUCCUCGUUAAUACCAGUCCAUUUGAAAAAUCCCGCGACAAAAAACGCGGGAUUCCGUGCGAAAAUGUACGCGUGCGAAAAAACCGACUACGCAAAAUUUAACGACAACUGUUUAUCCGUUUCGACGUGUUAUCCCGUAAUAAAAUCCAUCGCCUUAAACGUUAUCAUUAGCCACGGUCCCAUCAUCUCGAUGUUUAUACGGUUCUCAAACGAACACCAGACGAGUCACAAGUACUUAAAUUACAGUAUUAUAAUGACGGUUAUAGUUUACGGUUUCACCCGAAACGAAAUAUUGUAUCCGAUAAGUGAUAACGGUUCACGAAAUGUUUAUUUGUUGAUAAACAUAUUGUAAUGUAGUGCAGAGUCAUUGCAUAUGAAUAUCGUCGACUCGAUUACAAACACUCAGAACGCUCAGAAAAAAAAAAAAAAACCAAAACGAAAUACCCGUGAGCAACAGAGCUGCUCCGUCACUGUACAGUCGAAUUUUCCUCCAGUCGAUUUGCCGGAUUAAGCAUUUUGGAAUUGUUUUAAAUACAUUUUUUUCAGAUUUUUCGGUGACUACCCUUCCCCUUGCCUUUACCGCGGUCUACUACCUUGAUCCUCUUUCUGCACGUAUAACAAGUAUCCUGUUACCGUCUGGACAAUAUAGUUUUAUCAAAGUAGAUAAUGUACUUAUUGAGAUUUUUGUUACAGUACAGACGGUAGGAACGGGGUUGGAAGUUCAGACUUGCUAAAGACACAUCAUUGAGAACUGUUCUUUUUAUAUUUAGAUUUAUAACCCAGUUGUUCACUUUGAUCAGUCCGCGGGGAUAUUUCAAUCAUUCGGUAUUUCUUGUAAAAUCGUGAAAUUCAAGCAUAAUAAUGACGGAGAGAGAGAGGUUGAAAGUUGAAACAUUCAAUAGAAACGCGUUCUCGCUACUGUAGAAGUCUCGAUUGAUAAAUCGAAAAUACGUGAAAACUCGAAUGAAAAAUGAAAACGUAUCUUCCUAUUAAUAUCUAGGUAAAAAUGGCCGGAGGAAUAGAUGUCCGAAGAAAAAAUGUUUGGUGGAAAAAAUGUUCGAAAAAUUAAAAAUUAAAUAAAAAUUUCUAUCUAAGUUUUAUCAAAUUUAUUGUUAUAUAUUCAAUUAAAUUCUAUUUUUGACGAAACCACUAUUCAAACGAAGACCGGACAAGUCACGAGUGCUAAUGCAACGGUUAUAUAGUUUACGGUUAACAUUACACUCGAAAUAUACACAUAUAUACGAUUUAUACUUGUAUAAUGAAAUGUAUUAUAUAAGUGAUAUGUCACUUAUAUUUAUACAAAUAUUACUUACAAAUAAAAACUACGACAUUAUUAUGCUUAAUUUUUUUAUUUGUUUACAACUUCAAGCGCAACUCGUGAUGUUGGAUGUAAAAUGUGUUAAAUUGUCGGGCAAUUUCGCCGCUCAAUCAAUUUUAUCCAUAAAAGUAUCCACGGUAAAAAAUUCAGAUUUUCAUACGAUUAUUGCUAAUGGAAUUACAAAGAAAAAAAAAUCGAAAAUAACAAAAAACCAUUAUUGUGUAUGUUUUUCCGUUUUUCUUAUUAUAAAAAAAAAAAAAAAAAACUACAAAGAACAUCAAACUCCAUAAAAUUACCUCGCAUAUGCAUUGAUGUACGAAGCAAGAUUUCUGGUAGAAUAUUUUUGUUUAUAGGCACAACAAAAAAAUACAAAUUCCUCGCUUUGUUCAGCGUGUAAUACACAAUAAAGUCUCACCGUCGUAUUAUUAUUUUAACAAUAUUAUACUUAUAUUAAACUGAAAUGCGAAAAUUCAGACGAAAAAUAAUCAACUCGUUAUACUGAGUCUAAAAAAAAACAUUUUAAUUAUCUCUUUGUUUCAUUUUCGUUUUCAUAAAAAAUUUAUUUUUUUCCCUGUAAUUUAAAAAAAAAUACCAGUUGAUCCCUUGACGAUAUUUUUUUCACUAUCUUUUUUGUAGGAAAUUAAACACAAUAAGCAAUAUAUUGUACAAUAUUAUAGAAAUUGUAUCGAAUUUUUGACAGCGAGUUGCUUAAAUAUAUUUUAAUAACCGUACUAACACCGAUUUGUCCAAACAAUAAUAAUAAAUAUUUUUUAAAAUUAUUUCUCGAAAAAUGUUCUAUUUUCGUUAAUAUUGUUUAAAUCAAUUUGCAUAUAUAUAUAUACAAAAAAAAAAACUUACAAACUAUCAUUAAGGCCGUGCUCGUUCAUACGGUAAAUUCUAUUGUUUUAGAUUUUAACUCGAAGAACAAUAAUUCUAAUCGGUCUGUAAGUUUUUCAUCGAUCAUGUGAGGUACGCAAAGAUAACAAAAUCAAAUUCUACCUGAAAAUUUCCUUUUUAUAAUAAUGAAAAAAAAAUGGCGUGUGGCAACAAAACGAAAUUUCGAAACUUCAGUCGAUCCCUCUAGCUGCUAUGUGUAGGUAACAUUAUUUAUGAGCCAAGUGAUGCAUGAUUGGGUGACCCCCCCCCCUCUCGUCCGUUAUUAUAGUAAAUUAUUAUUGUGCAUUUUACGACUAGUUCCGGGUCACAUGAAAACACUUCUGUAAACUGUAUUGAUUAUUGAUAAUCAGUGGGUUUUGUAAAAUUACUCGAACAAAUUGCGUUUCAUGGCGUGUUUCGUUAUUUUAAUUGGAAUUAUCCUAUAUCCUGGUAAAUUAGUUAAUAAUCAUUUUCUGUUAUAAUAAUUUAUUUUAAACUCGUUUUAAACUUUAAAAUUCAAAUAAUAAUUUUCAAAGGGGUUUGAUCAAUCUUUGAACCGCCUUGGCUUUGACGAUUAAUCAAUAAGCAUUUGAAAAAUCAUCACAUUCAUCAGACAAGACUGAUGAAGUAGAAAAUGACGAAAUUAACAUUGUUUGAAAGCUAUACUGAUUUUAUGUACUCCUCGCCGCACAGAAUAAUGCUUCAGUUACAAAGCAAUUGAAUUAAAUUUUAAUGUGACAGCAAAAUAAUAAUAAUUACAUGACGAGGAAACACGGAACAUUUUGCGGUUGCUUUGCAGAAUUUCACAGACUGAAAUCUGUUCAAUAACUUUUCGAUUCGAUAGUUCUAUCACUCCGCAAUAAUAUUUAUUUAUUUUUACAGAAUCGAUGGCCAGUUAUUGGUUUCGUAAAGGUUUCAUUCGACCAGCGACGUAUCUGAAUUAAAGCUAUCGAGGGGGGGGGGGGUGUAUAAAGAGCCUUGAUGAUCUAUCAAGGAUGGCGAAAAGGGCUUCGCUAUAGACCACAAGCCCCUACCAUAAAAAAAAGAAAAUCCUAGAUGUUCCUAGAGUUUAAAUAAAAUAUAUUGUUUUUUUUUUUUUUUUACAAAUCAACAUCAAAUCAUAUCGAAACUCAAUUUAUAAUAUUCCCUGAAAAUGUUGAGGUCUUACAUUUUGUGUUUUAUACUAGUAUAAAAUAAUUACUUAAUUAGUUUCCUUGUAAUAAUACCGACUAUAAAACUGCAAUACGUUUAGCACAAUACGAGCUACGAAAUACGAAUGUCGAUUGCUGUUUACUUAUAACGAUAACGACAAUGAUAGUAGUUACGUGUAGUAGUCGUUACUAUAAUUAUUUCUCUCAAAGUAAAAUGUUGUCAUUAAAGGCUGAUUUACACGGUGCCAGUGACUGAUAUACUAGCUGGCAAGCUAACUGGAAGGCCAUUAGUGUGUGACAACUGGAAUGCCGACUUACCGGCUCUUAUCGUUUACACAGCUCCAGCUAAUGGUACGUGA